AUGGAUAAAGGCAUUAUACGUGAAUCCGAAUCACCAUACGCCAGCCCCGUGAUCUUGGUUAAAAAGAAAGAUGGCACGGAUCGAAUCUGCGUAGAUUAUCGGGUUUUGAACUCACGCACUGUAAAAAAUAAGUUUCCCUUGCCACUCAUAGAGGAUCACAUUGAUAGGUUAGGGUCAAGUAGAUUCUUUACGAGUUUAGAUAUAGCGACUGGCUUUCAUCAGGUACCUAGGGAAGCAGGAUCAAUUGCCAAAACCGCUUUCAUGACCCCAGAAGGUCACUUCGAAUAUGUUAAAAUGCCUUAUGGCCUUUCUAACGCUCCAGUAUUUUAUCAAAAAAUCAUUUCAAAGACUCUCAAGUCUUUCAUCGACUCAGGAAAGGUCCUUGUGUACAUAGAUGACGUCCUUUUGCUAUCCGAUACGGUACUCGAAAGAUUAGCCCUACUACGACGGGUCUUAAAAACCCUUACUUCAUCUGGUUUUUCUGUAAAUCUUAAGAAAUGUACCUUUCUUAGCAGUGAAAUAGAGUAUCUUGGGAGGGUUAUCAGUAAUGGUCAGGUUAGGCCAAGCAUGCGUAAGGUCCAGGCAUUGGUUGAUUCCCCAAAGCCUCGAAGUGUUAAACAAAUUCGACAGUUUCUUGGCCUUGCGGGAUAUUUCAGAAGAUAUAUUCCAAAUUAUGCCCAGCGAACAGCUUGUAUCGCACAUUUAACUAAAAAGAACAUGCCGUUUGAGUGGGGAGUCGAACAAGAUAAAGCUCGUCAGUAUAUUAUUGACCGUUUAACAUACGAACCCGUCCUUGCAAUAUACGACCCUCAGUUACCUACGGAGGUGCACACAGAUGCAAGUGCUAUCGGUUACGGUGCAGUCUUAAUACAGAUUCAUGAGGGUGGGCUUAGGCCUGCAGUAGUGUAUUUCAGUAAAUCAACCCAAGGCACGGAACCCAAAUAUCAUUCCUAUGAAUUGGAAACUCUAGCCGUUGUUAAAGCUCUCCAGAAUUUUAGAAAGUACUUGCUAGGCGUACCCUCUAAAAUUGUUACGGACUGUAAUGCUCUAAAGCUAACCGAGCGUAAGAAGGACUUGAAUAGAAUAGAAUAG